CCCGAGUGUUAGGCAGGCGCAUACUGUGAGGGCGAGAAACCUUCGCUGUCCCACUGUCCGUUUGCUACUACCAGAAAAAAUAUUUCAGGCUACUUCAAAAGUAUUUGAAAAAGGACCGUUUUUAAUCCUUCUUACACACUAAAGACAAUUAUCAAAAAUGGGUAAAGGUAAGCCAAGAGGUCUUAACGCCGCCAGAAAGUUGCGUGUCCACCGUCGUGACAACAGAUGGGCUGAUCAACAGUACAAGGCCAGAUUGUUAGGGACCGCCUUCAAGUCCUCUCCAUUCGGUGGUUCUUCCCACGCCAAGGGUAUUGUGUUGGAAAAGAUUGGGAUUGAGUCCAAGCAGCCAAACUCCGCUAUCAGAAAGUGUGUCAGAGUCCAGUUGAUCAAGAACGGUAAGAAAGUCACCGCCUUCGUGCCAAAUGAUGGUUGUUUGAACUUUGUCGACGAAAACGACGAAGUCUUGUUGUCCGGGUUCGGUAGAAGAGGUAAGGCUAAGGGUGAUAUUCCAGGUGUCCGUUUCAAGGUCGUCAAGGUCUCCGGUGUCUCCUUGUUGGCUUUGUGGAAGGAGAAGAAGGAAAAGCCAAGAUCUUAAGUUAUGUCAAAUGCUGUUUAUUAUCGUUACGCCUUAUUUGAUUCCUUAUUGAUCCACGCAUAUUACUACCUAUGUUGUUAAUUUUUUU